AAGAACAUAAAUGUAUGUAUUUUAAACAAACGGCAUAUAUGGCCAAACACAAGGCACUGUUUGUUUACUUUCUCUAUAUUCUAACUUGGACACGGCAAUGGAAAACAACAAGAGUGGAAAAGGAAAGAUUGUAUGUGUAACAGGGGCAUCUGGUUUUAUAGCUUCAUGGCUGGUUCAGUUGUUGCUACAGCGUGGCUACACUGUCAACGCCACUGUUCGCAACCUCAACGAUACAAGUAAAGUGGCUCACCUGCGAAGCCUUGAUGGAGCUAAUGAGAGGCUGCAUCUAUUCAAAGCUGAGUUACUUGAAGAGCAAUCAUUUGAUCCUGCCGUUGAUGGUUGUGAAGGUGUCUUUCAUACAGCUUCACCUGUUUUUCUCACAGGAAAAUCUAAGGAGGAACUUGUGAAUCCUGCUGUGAAAGGAACGUUGAAUGUCCUUCAGUCAUGUGCCAAAUCACCAUCUGUCAGAAGAGUGGUGAUAACUUCUUCUACUGCUUCUGUUGUCUGCAAUAAAAAUAUGUCAACCCCUGGAGCUGUAGCUGAUGAGACUUGGUAUUCAGAUCCAGAAUUCUGCGAGGAAAGAAAGGACUGGUAUCAACUCUCCAAAACCCUGGCUGAGCAGGCUGCUUGGAAAUUUGCAAAAGAGAAUGGGAUCGACUUGGUAACACUUCAUCCAGGUCUAGUCAUUGGUCCACUUCUGCAGCCUACGCUCAAUUUCUCUUGUGAAGCUAUAGUGAACUUCAUAAUAGAAGGAAAAGAAGCAUGGUCUGGUGGAAUAUACAGAUUUGUCGAUGUUAGGGAUGUUGCUAAUGCACAUAUUCUAGCAUUUGAGGUUCCUUCAGCAAAUGGAAGAUAUUGUUUAGUUGGGGUGAAUGGAUACUCUUCGUCGGUUUUGAAGAUUGUACAAAAUCUUUACCCCUCCAUCACUCUCCCUGAGAAUUUUGAAGAUGGAUUGCCUAUUACUCCACACUUCCAAGUAUCAAGUGAAAGAGCAAAAAGUUUAGGAGUCAAAUUCACAUCUCUUGAGUUGAGCGUGAAAGAUACUGUUGAAAGCUUGAUAGAAAAGAACUUCCUCCACAUCUAAACAAUAAGUUGAUGGAAUACUCAGGGGUUGAGUUAUUUUGCUUGCGAGUUUGGCAGAACUCAAUAACUUUGGCCCAUAACGUCUAUGUUAAAAAUUAUGAGUAUCCACAUAAUAUGUAUAACUAAUUUAUACAGACAUAAUAUAAUCCAUGUUUUUUAUUCA